AUGGCGGCGUCCGCGAGCGCUGGGGGGACGCGGCGGCGCGGCUGCCGGGGGCGGGGGCCCGAUAGGCAGCAGGGACGCGGGGUGCGCCGCGGGCCGGGGGGCGGCACAGAUGGGGCCCUGAAGCGGCUAACGCUAGCGGUGGAGGAGUUCGUGCAGGCGAGCUCCGAGGGUGAGAUCCCCGGCGGCCCCGCGGGGCCCCGGACGGGGGGGCGCGUGCGGCCCGGCGGGAGGAAAAGCCGCAGGGAGCUGAGGAAGGAGAAGCGGCACCUGAAGAAGGCGCGCCGGCUUCAGAGGACUGCGGGCCCCCCGCAGGGCCCGGGUCCGGGCGGCGGCGGCGGAGCAGGGGGAGCGAGCGGCCCCCGGGCGGACGGGGCGGAGGAGGCGGCGAGGGAGGGCGGCCGGCCGUCCCCUCGUCGGGCCCCACCGCCGCGGGAGGGGCUGCGGCACCCCCAGGCCAAGGGCGCCCGGGCCCGCACCGAGGCCAGAGGUCCCCCCGGGACGACCAGGGCUUCUGCAGCUGCCGCUGCGGCUCGGAAACGGGCCCUUCUGGCGGCCAACGAGGAGGAGGACCGCGAGAUCCGAAAGCUGGAGCGAUGCCUCGGCUUGAACAAGCGCAAAAGGAGGGGUGACGGUAGCUCCGUCCCGCUUAGCUUUGCCCGCGAUGGGCUCGACUACAUCUUGGGAGCCCUGGAAUCUGGAAAAAAUAGUGGCUUGUAUGAAAGCAGCAGUGAGGAGGAGCAGGAUGCCGGACAGACGCUCCCCGACGGUGGCUUAGAGAGCGGCUCCGAGGGCGAAGGGGAGGAGGAGGAGCGUGCGGGAGAAGAACCGAGCAAGCCGGGAGCGGAAGCCGGAGUGCGGGUCGGGGAGGAGAAUGAGCAGAAAACCGCAGAAGGCAGAGCCACGUGGGAAAGGAGCAAAAAGAGAGUCCGUUUUGCAGAAGAAAGGAGUGAACCUUCCUCUGAGGACUCUGACACAGCAGAUCAGAGUCUUUGUGAAAACAACGGCAAGUACAUCCCCCCUCACGUGAGGCAAGCUGAGGAAACAGCGGGUGGUCAGAAAAAGGAGGGACUGGAGAGACUACAGAAACACGUCAGAGGUCUGAUCAACAGGUUGAGUGAGCCGAGCGUGGCCUCCAUAAGCAGGCAGCUGGAGGGGCUGUACGUGGCCCACAGCCGGAAGGACAUGAACGACACCCUGACGGGCGCCCUCCUGAGCGCCUGCGCCCCGGACACUGCCAUGCCCAGCAGGCUGGUGAUGGAACACAUGCUCCUGCUCAGCGUUCUUCACCGCACGGUUGGGGUUGAGGUCGGUGCUCACUUUUUGGAGGCCGUGGUGAGGAGGUUUGACACCGUCUAUAAGAACGGAGGUGAAGGGAAGGAGUGUGAGAACUUGCUCACCAUUGUCGCCCAUUUGUAUAACUUCCACGUGGUACAGGCUUGCCUGGUCUUCGACAUUUUGAAAAAACUUAUCAGAACGUUCACAGAAAAAGAUAUUGAACUGACCCUGUUAAUGCUGAAAAACGUGGGCUUUUCGUUGAGAAAAGAUGAUGCUUUGUCACUUAAGGAACUGAUCGUGGAGGCCCAGGCCAAAGCCAGUGAGGCCAGUGGCAAGUUCCAGGACCAGACCAGGGUUCGGUUUAUGCUGGAGACCAUGUUGGCGCUGAAGAACAAUGACAUGCGUAAAAUCCCAGGCUAUGACCCCGAGCCUGUGGAGAAGCUCAGGAAGCUAGAGAGAGCGUUGGUACAGAGCGCUGGCUCCGGCACGGACACUCAGCUCCGCAUCUCCUGGGAUGGCAUCCUGAGCGCCGAGCAGACUGGGCGCUGGUGGAUCGUGGGGUCCGCGUGGAGCGGGGCUCCUAUGAUUGACAACAGUCAGCAGAAGGCCCUGGAGAAGCAGCCCUCGGGGACGGUUAGCGGGAAGAUACUAGAACUUGCCCGAAAGCAGAGAAUGAACACUGAUGUCAGGAGAAACAUAUUCUGUACGAUAAUGACUAGUGAAGAUUUUUUGGACGCGUUUGAGAAGCUUCUGAAGCUUGGGCUGAAGGGCCAGCAGGAACAGGAGCUUGUUCAUGUUCUCAUGGAUUGCUGCCUUCAGGAGAAAACCUUCAACCCUUUCUACGCAUUCCUGGCUGGCAAGUUCUGUGAACACCAGAGGAGGUUCCAGAUGACUUUCCAGUUCAGCAUUUGGGAUAAAUUUCGGGACUUAGAAAAUUUGCCAGCCACUAAUUUCUCUAAUUUGGUUCACCUGGUAGCCCACUUGUUGAAGACGAAAUCACUUCCACUUUCUAUUUUAAAGGUAGUUGAAUUCAGUGAAUUGGAUAAACCCAGAGUCCACUUUUUACGAAAAGUGUUAUAUAUUCUGUUAAUGGAAACAGAAGUUGAAGACCUUGGUUCAAUUUUUGCAAGAGUGUCUGACAACCCGAAGCUGGGCUUGUUGAGAGAAGGUCUGAAGCUCUUCAUCAGCCACUUCCUGUUAAGGAGCGCUCAGGUGAACACAAGUGUGGAGGAGGCCAGCAUGCUGAGAGAGAGGGCUGACCUCUCAACUAAGUCUCUGCAAGGCAAGGCUUCCCUGAGAAUGUAGUCCAGAAAAGGAGAGGAACGGGUGGUCAUUUGUCUGAAAGUGUCCUUUUUAAACCCAAAAGGCUUAUUAUUCUGAUGACCAUGUGUGUAAGCUUGAUGGAGCUAUGCCACAGUCUUUUGUAUUUAAGAUACUAUGUUUUAGAUAAUUUUUAAAUUCAGGUUAUAUUGUAUUUAUGUUUUAAACCGUUUUCACCUGUUCAUAGAACGGGGUGGGGAGAACGCAGGGAGGGAAGGACAGGCAGACACCGAACAGGUUCUCUAAACAGACUGGGUGGGGUGUGGGUGUGAUCACGUGUGUGAUGGU